AUGGGUUCUAAGUACAUGAUCUCGACAGGAAGGGGUGGGGCAGGAAAUAUACACUCUUCUGAGACAAAGGCCGCUCCAAAAAUGGUCAGGCAGGGAUCGCAGACACCAAAUAUUAUUCAGCCAGUGUAUAGCACAGGUAGAGGUGGUGCAGGUAAUAUGAGGAAAAAUGUUGACCCAAAACUUACGCGGAAAGCUCAAGAUGUAGAGGAAUGUGGUGAAGAAACUGAUAGAAGUCCAGAUGACGAUUUUAUAAAUAUUGAUGAUGUUGUUGAGAAAUCUCACGACAGUGAUUUGAUCGAUGAUUCAGUAACCCCGAUACAGAUUUUGAAGGGAAAUUCAGUCAAUGCAGCCAUAUCGAAUGUAAGGUCGCAAUCUGCAACAGCCAAUAAUUUAUCUGGUUCUUCAGGGAGAAGUAAAUCUAGAAGAAAUUCAAUUAAAAAAACCUCAACUGGAGGUGAUAAGCCUAAGGCCAUUGCGAUUGGAAGAGGGGGUGCAGGAAAUAUGUUAUCUCCUUCUGCGAGUAAUAAAUCUUUAGAAGCAUAUCUUAGUAAUACAAGUUAUGAUAGAGCAAAGGCUAAGAAGACAAGGAAAAAUAAAAGCCACAAGAAAUCAAAUUGCAUAAUUUGUUAA